AUGUUGCAAAUCGAAUCAUUCUACGGCACUCUCGAGAACGAGUCAGACUGCAUCGUUCUCAUCGACAUGGCUCGCUGCGGCCUCAUCCCCAGAAUCCAGCGCAGACUCACGUCCCACGAGCGCAGAGCCAUCCGCCACGGCAGCGUCUUCGUCUACUGUGAAGAAGAAAGCACAAUCAGAAGAUGGACCGAUGACAUGGCGUGGUCUCCGUCCCGCAUCCAAGGCGCAUUCCUAGCAUACAGGCAGAUGCUUGCUACAAGCCCAAUGAUAAAAAAGACAUACUCUGCAACAUGUGCUGGCAGAAACUUCCACGUCGUUGCAUACUCUGCUGCCUCAGACUGCCAUUCAAUCCUUCCUUCUCCAUCCUUGCUCUAUGCUGCUGCUCAUCUGCCAACAGACAUUCGCAUCAGGAAAAAACCUUCAUUCAGAAGCUUCGACCUUCCUCGUCCACACACCGAGCAUCUUGAAACACACGACGACUUUGCACUCGGCACAUACUGGUACUGA